UAACAUUUCUGAAAAAAAAAUAAAAAUUACUACUUGCUUUGAUUUCCUCUAUGUGAAAACGAAACCGACUUGGAGGCCAAGCAACGAAUUAAAACCAAAAAUAGUUAGUACAAGAAACCAGAAGCAGAGAGAGAGAGAGAGAGUAUGGUGAUGUCAAUGAGAGGUGCCGUUCUGCUGCGAACAUUGACAAGCGGCACAAUACGAACCUCAUCGCCAUCAAUUUCUUCCUGGUUUUCAUCAACAUCCUCAUCGUCGCCGUCCGACCUGGUUUUUGUACCAUCUGGUUCCGCCGCCGAUCUCCUGCCUGUCUCCGCCAAGGUCUCCACCGUGCCCUCUCUCCUUCAACCUCGCGUCGUCGUUUACGAUGGUGUCUGUCAUCUCUGCCACAAAGGAGUGAAGUGGGUGAUUCAAGCAGACAAAGAUAGGAAGAUCAAGUUCUGUUGUCUUCAAUCUAAUGCUGCUGCUAAAUAUAUGAGACUUUGUGGCGUUGACCGAGAGGAUGUUCUUCGUCGAUUCUUGUUCAUUGAAGGCCCCGGUUUAUAUCACCAAGGGUCCACUGCUGCACUGAGGGUAUUAUCUUACUUGCCCUUACCUUACUCUGCAUUAAGCACUCUACUCAUACUCCCGAUGCCCUUAAGGGAUGCUGUCUAUGAUUAUGUGGCCAAGCGGCGGUAUGACUGGUUUGGAAAGGAAGAUGAUUGUUUGGUUCUGCAAGAGAAAGAGUUGCUUGAGCGAUUUAUAGAUAGGGAGGAAAUGCUGGAUCAUAGCUGACCAGAUCUGUGAUUGCCACUUGAUAUUCAAUCAAGCGACAUUUUGGGUGAGUUUUCACUACAAAUAUCUUGGUUUAUGUGUCUCAUAUAGAGAUCAAAAUGUAAAAAGUUGUAAAUGCACAUUAUUCUCGAGGAGAAUGAAUUGGUUUUAGCGAGGGAAAAGAUGUUCUGCACACGGUUGAGCAGGAAACAAAAAAAAAAUUAGAUAUUAGCCAGGAAAAUACAUCAGUGUGUUGGUGCCUCUUGUAGUGAUUGAAUUGUGUUGAGAAAUUUAUGGAUUUCCAUUCGAACUCAUAA